ACCGCCUCCAACUCUUCCCCAACCACUACUUAUACUACACUUCUCACCGUUGUUGUCUUCUCCGUUUGAGAGCCUUGUUUGUUAUAAGCUUUUUUUUUCUAACUUCACCCGUGCCUCCUACAAAAAUGAUGGACCCAUUUAAUAAACCAUAGACCAUACGCUGUUGCAAACACCGCUAUGUCGGGACCUCAACCACGGCUCGCCUUGUCACGAUACCGUCCUGUUCUCUACCUACUCACCGGUGUCGCAGCAGCCUACGCUCUUGUCUAUAUCAACAAUCUCAUCAUCUCCUCCUCGUCCCAACAAUCUCUUCGUCGCCGAAGAACUAUUCGGCGCCCGCGCGGUCUACGGAGACAUUCGGAAAGUGUGCCCAUCGAAACUCCUUCGUCUCGAGCCAUCGCCCACCUUGAGCAACUAGAGCGCCAGAACGGAGUAUAUGGCACAUUUCGUAUAGAAACAGAAGAUGGUCGACGUGUGGAAAGCGGGUUGCUCCCAUCGCUACUCGCGACUCGAGACCAGCUCAUGGAGGAAGUCGGUGUUCCUCAGGCUCAUGCGGAACGGAUGCGUGAGAUGAUGGAGGAUACGUUUCUGGAGUCGUUCCUCGCUUUGGACUUUCCGCCGGCGCAUAUUCUGGAACAGGGCAGUGCGGAAAGAAACUAUUUAACUGAGCAGCUUCAGCGGCGUGGGAUCUCGCGCGCGGGGAUCGAGAGGGCGUUGGCUCGGUUUAAUGAGGACAACAAUUACGGGGAAGAAUUACGUCGCCGACGGCAGAAUGGUGAGAGGGUUACCUUGUCGACCUCCACUUUCCCUGAUGAAUCUUCGCCCGUGCAGAAUCCGGAUGGCGGGGAGACAGUGGUCGAUGACCAGAGUGUCUUUUCCUGGCGCGAGGGGAACAAUGACACGUCUCCGACAAGGGAAGGCCAGAACCUCCUCAAUCUUCUUUAUCAUAUUGCAGAGGACCAAGCAAGGAGAGAUGGCUAUAUUCAUAGGGGGGUGACGUGUAAUAGCUGCGGUGCUAUGCCUAUCCAAGGCAUUCGGUACCGGUGCGCAAACUGCAUUGAUUAUGAUCUCUGUGAGACGUGCGAGGCGAUGCAGGUCCAUAUCAAGACCCAUUUGUUUUACAAAGUACGGAUCCCGGCUCCGUUCCUAGGAAACCCUCGGCAGUCCCAGCCUGUCUGGUAUCCUGGGAAACCCUCUAUGCUUCCACGCAGUCUGGCUCGAUCCUUAGCCAAACGUUUGAUGAAGGACACUAACUUCGAGAACACGGAGCUGGACGCUCUUUGGGAUCAAUUCCGUUGCUUGGCAAAUCACGAAUGGGCAGAUGACCCUAACAAGCUGUAUAUGGCGAUCGACCGGAAAACAUUUGACCGAUGCUUUGUGCCUAACACUUCUGUCCGCCCACCGCCUCCUAGCCUCAUUUACGACCGAAUGUUUGCUUUCUAUGAUACGAACGGUGACGGCUUAAUUGGAUUUGAAGAGUUCCUGAAAGGCCUCGCAAGCCUCAAUAAUAAGAGCAAUGAUGAAAGGCUGCGCCGUGUUUUCCGUGGCUACGAUAUUGAUGGCGACGGUUACGUGGAACGGAAGGACUUUUUACGAGUAUUCCGAGCAUAUUAUGCUCUCAGUAGAGAACUCACUCGAGACAUGGUUGCGGGUAUGGAAGACGAUUUCUUAGAGGGUGGUGCGCGAGAUGUCGUUCUUGGGAGUCAGCCAAUCAGCUCUGCAUUCCCUGGAAGCAUUCCUACAGGAGAGGUCUCUAGAACUGGAGAAGGCAAACGGGUCAAUCAUGAAGGAGACAUGGAGAUCGUGGACAACGAAGGCAUCUUGCGCCCCGAUGGGACUGACACCGGUGAUCGGCAUGCCGUCGUUGGUGACGCUGCUGUUAGAAGCCGAUACGGAAGUAUCCGACCACUGUUUCCAUCCGUCCGGCUACCUAAUCAAGGAAGGCGAAGCCUAGGAGGUGAGAAUGCAGAUGAUGCUAGCAGUUCUGAUGGCUCCAGCUCGUCGAUUGCCACAGAUCGCUGGCCUCCGGCUGAACAUAUUCGCGAUGAAGAUAUUGUGACAGCUCUUGGGGCCUAUGUUCCUUUAUCAGAGGUCACCGAUCCAGUUGACAGAGCUCGGAUUGGCACGGCUGUAUACCACAGAAUGUUUGAUGAUGAUGAUAGACGAGUGGAUGCAGCUCGCAGGCACGGGAUCGAUGAACGGUGGCGUCGUAGGGCAUUCUAUACCGAUGAAGAAGAUGGCGCCAAUGCUCCUGCAGGCUACGAGACUGACUCAAAUGUGGAUGAUGUGUCGAUUGAGGAUGAACUUCAUAAUCAACACUCAGAGUUUGAGUCACACCCGCCAUCUCCUCGUUCUCGUUCUUCGUCCAAAGUGCGAUUCCAGGACGAUGUUACUGAUGACUAUGAUGUGAGGUCGAACCCAUCGACAUCCUCUCGCAGUAUACUCGUUGGUGAGCGGUGGGGAGGCUUCGAAGUCCCGGAAGUUGAAAAGGAUGUUGGAAAAGAAAUCCUUUACCAAGUCACGCAACAAGGGUUCAACGAACUACUUGACAUUCUGUUCAAGCCGAAGGAAGACCUACUCAUGGAAGUCUAUCGAACUCGCACUGAGCGCAAGAUCUGGGCUCGAGAGAUUGAACUGGCAGAACAAAGGGAUACUCAAAGUGAUACUCAAAGUGAUACUGGGAAGCAUUUCGACCGACCGGAGGAGCGGAAUGUGGACGGUGAGAUUGAAGAGGAGCAGAGGCCUUCCUUGCAUAACCCCUUCAGUGACAGGCCGCUUGAAGAGCUUCUUGACCGGGCGGGAUAUUCCAUCCAGAGCCCACCUCUAGAGCCCGUUCGGGACGGCCCUGUUCUUGCUACUCCAUCUCCUGUACUGCGACUUCCUGACGACGCCGUACGACCAACUCACAAUGCUGACCCUGAAGAGGACCUAGCAGAGUCUGCUGUACCCGAAACCCACCAAGAAGAGCUUGGCUUUGCGCCGGCUGCUCCGUCACCAGAAUCCCCAGUAUCGGAACGGAGUCGACCAGUCUCUAUUGAUUCCGAGUUUGACCCUACAUUACCUCACCAUCGUCCUAAUGAAGAUACUCAAGACAGCUCCGUACCACACAUUAUCUCUUACAACGCCUCCUCAACACACUCGACCUUCCAGCAAUCCCUCCCCGCCGAACUCCGUCUCCAACCCAACGGCACAACUUCCUUCCCUGUGCCUCCUUCUAUAGCCGCCUCCUCCCCCGAAGCAGAAGCAACAGCCCCUAAACCCUCUCCCUCAUCAAUUCAACCCCUGCCUCCCGUAUCCACUUCCACCCUUCCAUCUCGAGAUGGCCCCACCAUACCCCCGUCGCCCUUAAUCCUCUCGCGCUGGGCCUACCUUAAUCAUGUCGAGCGUGAGGCAAAGGAACGGGGAGGCACAGGCGCCAAACUUAGUUUCGAGGAAUUCUCGCGCCGUAUGGCAGCAGACCGUGGACGGAGGCUGGCCUUUGUAGCCAGUUGGAUUGAGAUGGCUAGCUUUUAACUGUGACAUCUAUUUCUUGACUCUUACCUUUUACUUUCAUGUUUGUCAUCGAUGGAGGAUGGGUGUGUGUGUGUGUGUGUGUGUGUGUGUGUGUG